CGAGUCGACGCCACCGAAAUAGUUGAGCGCUCCUGCCUGCCGAGACAUAUAAUUGUGUCAAUUCUCCGUAGGAUUGCAAUGAUGCCACCGAUGUCUGGUAUGGCGACUACUUAAUUGUUCUUAGACAAAAGGUAGUGGUAUACCCACUAAGUCUGCAGUACUCCUUGCUUGACUUUCACUGGGAUUGGUAGUGUUACAGCAUACCAGUGGCCUGGGCUAGCAGCAGCAAUAAGGUCAAGAUGGGCAUUCUCAAUUGGCACCGAACGGACGAUGACUCCGCUACUGUUGCGGAGGACAGCAGUAUUGAUCGCUCUGCAAAGAAGGUUUAUGGCACUGUCAGCGAAGCUCACGAUGAAUCUGGCAUUGCACAACAAUCAAAACGACAGAUCGGCGUCGUCUCCGCGGCCUUCCUCAUUUUCAACCGAAUGGUUGGCACGGGAAUUUUCGCUACACCUUCUGGUAUCCUUUCUCAGACUGGCUCUGUCGGCUUGGCGCUUUUCAUGUGGUUCGCUGGUAUGCUGAUCGCAGCUGCUGGUAUGGCCGUCUACUUGGAGUUCGGAACAGGAAUCCCAAAGAACGGUGGUGAGAAGAACUACCUCGAACACGUCUUCCGGAAACCCAAAUUCCUUGCGACCGGUCUCUAUACUGGCUAUGUAAUUCUUCUCGGUUGGGCAGGAUCGAACUCUGUUGUGUUUGGCGAAUACAUCCUUACAGCUGCAAAUGUCGAGGUCAACCGGUGGAACCAGCGUGGUGUCGGUCUGGCCUGCAUUACAUCCGCAUUCUUGAUUCACGGUCUGGCGCUCAAGUGGGGUCUGCGACUGCAAAACUUGCUCGGCACGAUCAAGUUGAUCAUUAUUCUAAUCAUCGUGGUCUCCGGCUGGGCUGCUCUUGGUGGUGCCAUGAAGGCAGAUAAACCAAGCCCGAGCAACUUCACCAACGCCUUCGAGGGCACGACUGGAUCUGCAUACGGAAUUGUGACGGCUCUAUACAACGUCAUCUGGAGUUACAUCGGAUACAGCAACGCCAACUACGCUCUCAGCGAAACGAAGAACCCAAUCAGGACUUUGAAGAUCGCAGCCCCAACCGCGCUCAUUCUCGUCGGUGUCCUCUACAUGCUCGUCAACAUCGCCUACUUCGCCGCAGUACCCAAAGACGAAAUCCUCGCAUCAAAGCGCAUCCUAGCAGCUACUUUCUUCCGCAACAUGUUCGGCGAAUCAGCAGAACGCGCCAUGUCCGUCUUUGUCGCUCUCUCAGCCUUCGGCAACGUUCUUUCUGUCAUCUUCUCGCAAGGUCGAUUGGUACAAGAACUAGGACGAGAAGGCAUCCUCCCAUUCUCCCGCUUCUGGGCAAGCAACCGACCUUUCAACGCCCCUCUCGCUGGUCUCUUCGAGCACUGGCUCGUAUCCGUCAUCAUCAUGAUGGGUCCUCCACCUGGCGACGCUUAUAACUUCAUCCUCAAUGUCAUCAGCUACCCUCUCGCAAUCGUCAACACGUUCGUCGCGCUCGGACUCAUCUGGCUAUACCUCCACAGACAAACCUGGGACUGGAAUCCUCCGUUCAAGGCUACGCUCCCUGUUGCGGUCUUUUUCUUCCUUAGCAAUGUUUACCUUGUCAUUGCGCCUUUUGUGCCACCCACCGAAGGCAACAGCAUUUACGAGACUCUGCCAUAUUAUUUGCAUUGCAUUGUGGGAUGGGCGAUUAUCGGAGGCGGGGGUCUUUACUGGCUCAUUUGGGCUGUUGUUUUGCCUAAGAUUGGAAAGUAUGAGCUUGUGAGGGAAGAGUAUACUGAUGAGAUUGAUGGGUGGACGAGAUAUCAUUUUAUUAGGAGGAAGUUGGAAUAGAGUCAACCUGGUUCUGAGUAGACAUAGAAUGAGCAUGUGCCAGUAACAGACUGGAUUAUUGCGCGACCCG